AUGACAAGUUUUUAUCCUAAUCCUACUAAUCCAAUGGUAUCUCUUAGUCGGGAAGGUCCAUUAUUCAUAUUAACUAUGAAAAAUGGGGAAAAUCGAUUCACCACUACAUUUGUUAAUGCAUUAUUUUUAGCUCUAGAUAAUAUCGAACAAAUUCGUGAAGUCGAAGAUGGUCAACCAGCAGCACUUAUAACUGUAGGAGAAGGAAAAUUUUUUAGUAAUGGAUUAGAUUUGGAACAUGCCUUAAGUACACCAGGAUUUUUUGAUGAUUAUUAUUUAAAAUUAUUGGUUAGAAUUCUUACAUUUCCAAUCCCCACGGUGGCUGCUUUAAAUGGACAUUCAUUCGCUGGAGGAUGUAUGUUAGCUUUGGCACAUGAUUAUCGAGUUAUGCGAAGUGAUAAAGGAUAUAUUUGCAUGAAUGAAGUAGAUAUUCCAUCACCAUUACAUCCUGGAAUGGCGGCGAUAGUUAGAAUCAAAAUGUUACCCAAAACCUAUAGAAAUUGCGUAUUACAAGGCCAUAAAUUUACGGCAAAAGAAGCAUUAGAAAAUCAAUUGGUAGAUAUAAUUGUGGAAGGGGAAAAAGGAGUAUUAUCUGAAGCCAAAGAACUUGGAAAAAAAUGGGCAGAUAAAGCAAAAGCCGGAGCUAUUUAUGGAUCAUUAAAAAGAGAAAUGUAUAUAGAAGGAAUUAAUAAUUUGGAAAUUAAAGGCUGGCGUCCUAAAUUGUAA